UUUUUUGCACUCUUGAACUGCUUUUAUGUGGUAUUUGUUCCACAUGACCCCACCCUGUUUCCUAUGCAUCCCUUUUCUCUGCGUUCCGGAACACCACCCCAAACGAGCAGCGCGCACUCUUAUCACCCCGUGCCCAGCUUGCACCUCCGUUCAGCAAGUCACCCUCCUGGCCGGACAUCUUCUACUCUUCGCUGGGGUCCUUUCAGCGCUUUCCCGUUCUAGUCACUCUCUGUCCUGCAUACAAUGUAUGAAUUUAGAGGGGGAUUCGUGUACAGCCCCCACACAGACCUGCCCCAAGCCCGAUCAGAUCUGUAGGUCGGUGUAUAUGCUCACUUCAGGCGAUGGGAUACCUGAAUCUCAGACGUUCCUUAGAGAAUGUGGGGACCGCGCUACUUGCCAUCUAUCUGGAACCCUCAGUGUUCCCAAUGAGCGAAUCCAGUCCAGCGCCACCUGCUGUAAUUCGGACGGAUGUACGCCUGAAAAGCCGGUCUUGCCGCCGAUAAGCAAUGAGAAGAAUGGCGUCAGCUGCCAAUCCUGUAGGAGCACCGGGGAGGGGUCAUGUCAAUCAUCUGACUACAUACAAUGCGUAGGAGAAGAAGUGAAAUGCUUCAAACAGAGUCAAACCAUAAAAGGAAGUGAAUGGACAAAAAAAUCCUCCAUGCGCGGCUGCACUACCAAAACAAAUUGCAACAUUUCCCAUGCGGAGGGAUCGAUCGGAGAUAUGACAGUUACAACGGAUUUCACCUGCUCCGACCGAUGUACCGGUCUCCACUACAGUCUCUCUCCGCUCCUCCUUACCAUAGGCCUCAUCAUAAAGGUCUUACAUUAGGAUAUUACAUUACCUGUUCCAUAUCUGAAGCUGAAUUUUUUUUAUAUAUUUUUUUAAAUCAUAGCACUGAAAAGAGAAGAUGAUUAAAAUGUCGAUAUUAAACACUUUUAUACUUUUGUAUGUAACAAGGCGUAGUGCACCGUUUUGACUUUUCACUUAAAGAAGGCGUAAAUCUUUUAUUCAAGUGAUAUUAAGCCCUCGAUUUUUAUUUAUUUUUUAAGCACUUUCAGCAGCUGAUUUAAUUUCUUAGUGGUUUAUGUCAUUUUAUACAUCAUUGGCCCAGAUUCAAGAAGCACUUGCGCCCGCGCAACCAUAGGUUACGCGGCGCAAGU